AUGCUUAUACGACGAUUUUGGAAGUCUCAUACUGUUUAUAAUAUAGAUGAUGAAAUACCGACGACAAAUCCAACAAACAUGAAUACAAAUUUUAUUAUUGGCUUUGGAAUACUUAUCUUAAUUUUCUAUUCAUCUAUUACUGUUCGAAUUCGAAUAAAUAGUGUAUAUCAACCAACAUUGAAUGAAUAUGAACAAUUAUACACAAAAUAUUCAUCAACACUUCAAUAUCCAUGUACUCUCCUUUCUGUACCCUAUUCAUCGAUCAUAUAUAUAAAACCUUAUUAUCAUCAAGUAUGUUCAAGUGAUUUAAUCGAAGAUAACGCAUGGUUGCUCUAUUUUCGUGGAUUCAGUGGUAGUUUUCACACUUCAGAUUUUCGUCUUCGAGGUUUAAAAACAUUCACUAUACUUCAAGCAUUAUGUGAGAAAUCAAAUGAGACAAUAAAAAAUGAACUUGCUGUAUUCAAUAAUUUACAAUUUAUUAAUGCUCGAGUACCAACAAAUAAUACAUUUCAUAUACAAACAUUGACACUUAUUCAACAAUUUCAACAGCAGGUACUUGAUAAAGACAAGAUUUUAGCUUCGUUUCUCGAUUUAUUUGAACUUGUUCGAAUUUCAAUUCAACUUAAUCAAUUUAUUGUUGGUCAUACCAGUAAUGCUAAACUAUUGAAACUAUCGAUUAGUAAUAACUAUUUUUAUCGUUUUGUGGCAAAUAAAAAUUGGAAUAAUAAUUGUUCGUGUGGAACUAGUGUUUCUUGUUCACGUUCUGAAGGAUUUUAUUGUAGAAUAACAUCUUGUUUCGCAACUUUAGCUGAACCUAAUCAAACGAUACCAGGUUUGAUUAUGACUUGUUUACUUGUUGAUUCUCUUCUGACAUCUUCACUUGAAUGCUUUUAUAAUAAAUCUUGUAUUGAUAUGCUUAUUGAAUGGCGCUCAUUUGAAUCAUCCGAUGCUAAAAUAGAUACUCGUUUGGUUAAUAUUAAACGACUUGAUCCAACAAUUAAUAGUCGUUUUUCUCCUAAUACAAAAUUAGCUAAUAUUGUUUCACAAUGA